GUCGAAUGUAGCCACCCAAGUUGGCAAGUUUUCUAGGCGUUAUGACAAACGUCCCAUUUCCAUUAAGAAAACUAAAGCUCAUGAGGUGUUCAAGCCACAGAAACCCUACAUAGCAUGUGCUGACUGCCCUGUUAGCCAUCAUCAGCCAGAUAAUCAUAAGAUAGGGAAAAAGAAGUAAAUAAAUUAAAUACUAAACCCGGAGCAAGAAAGCUCUUUGAUAAGAAAGAGACGAAAGCACCUGUAGGCCUUCUUUGUAAGAGAAAGUCAAAUAUGGUAGACGAAGCUCCUAGGGGUAGGCCUAAUUGGUGCCAAGUGGAAAGCCAAUUUUAUCGAAUCCCUAAUUCUAGACAAACAGCACAGCAAGGUAGUAGGUAUUGUUCUGCACAUCCACUACGUAAACCCCUUGUCAACCAGCCCACUUCUAAUAUUCUGUCGACUGAAAGUUAUAGAAAAUACCCCAAACAUCGGCCACAGACCACAUUUAGCAAGCCAACAGAACCCAUUCAUAUAUCUUAUGUGUCUAGUGGGGAGCAUGUGCCGAUUUCUGCACAAAACUUGCCAUGGUCUGAUGAAUACCAGAAACAGAUACCAACACUUCAUUCUUAUACUGGCAACAAAUUACCGAAUACACAUAUCGGUUAUACCUUAGGGCAGGAUUUUCACCAGCGUCAGUUAACAGAAACACCUGGAAUCAUGCAUAUAGCACGCAUGAUAUCGGAUCAAUUCCUUGCUGGCAUAGCGAACAGUCUACAGCUAGGGCAAGGCAUAUUUCCCGGGAGAUAGCUGACACAGUGUCGACACCAAACGCGGAUACUAAUAUCUCUAAAAUAUUAAUAUCUGAUUAUCACACAGGUGUCUCUCACUGCAUACCAUAUCCAAACGUAAGCCCAUCCCUGACUACC